AUGACUUCCUCGUCUGAUGCCAACGUGUCGGCUGUUUUUCACUAUCGAGACACUGCGAGUUCAGCUGUAGCCAAAAAUGUGAUCCUCCUGGCUAUCGGUGUCAUCAUCAACUACAUCAACGGGACGCUGGUACACACCUUCAGGAAACACCAGAUCUUUUACUUAAAUCCUCGGUACAUCCUGUUCAUCCACCUGGUGAUAAACGACAUGAUCCAGCUCACCUCGUCCAUCAGUCUCUUCGUCGCCAGUUACAUCUUCUACAAAAUCAAUGCGUCCGUCUGUUGCCUCAUCAUUACUUUAGCUCUCUUCACCACUUCAAACACACCGUUAAAUCUUGCUGUCAUGGCCGUGGAAUGCUUCAUCGCCAUUUGCUUCCCGUUGCGACACAAUGAGUUAUGCACUAUCAAACGAACGUACAUCCUGAUUGGAUGUAUUUGGGCUCUCAGUUCAAUCUCAAUUUUAGCAGACAUCUGUAUUGCUUUGGCAACUGAGCCUCUACGUUUGUUAUAUUCCAAAUUAUUGUGCGAAAGGAACCUUGUCUUCCGACAUCCACUAAGCACUAAGAGUCAGGAAAUUUCCUCCAUAAUUUACCUGAUUGGUGUUUGGAUUACCAUUUUCUACACUUAUCUUCACAUUAUUUUUGCCGCUAAAGCCGCAAAAGCAAAAAAACCUGACAGUGACACAACAAAGGCCAGAAAUACGAUCCUGCUUCACAGCUUUCAGCUACUGCUGUGCAUGCUAACCUACGUAUACGAUCAAAUUAUACGAAGUUUGCUGUAUUGGUUCCCUAAAUAUUUUCUCCAUGUCCUGUAUGUUUGCUUCAUCUUCAUCCAGAUCCUCCCCAGACUCAUCAGUCCGAUUGUCUAUGGGCUGCGAGACAAAACCUUUAAACAGUAUCUGAAAAAGUAUUUGCUGUGUACCGUUAGAGGACAGUCGGCGGACUUCUGA